GCCAAAAUGCCAAAGUUCUUUUGCGAUUACUGCGAUGUCUACCUCACCCACGACUCGAUGAGCGUCCGAAAGGCGCAUAAUGCCGGUCGAAAUCAUUUGCGCAACGUGCAAGCCUACUACGAACAGAUAUCUAGCGAACAGACCCAGCUUGUCAUCAACAGCAUUACAGACGCUUACAAUGCGGAGGGCCAGGCAAACCCAAUGACCCAGAACCCAAUGGGCGGGCUGGGCGGCUUCCCUCCACCUGGGGGCCCAGGCUUCCCACCGCACGGGUUCCCACCGCCAGGACCGGGCGGACCGAUGCCCCCGGGAGGCAUGCCUUUCCCACCACCGAACAUGGCUGGAGGACCACCGCCAAAUAUGCCCUUUCCCUUUCCCCCACCUGGUCAGGCUGGGUCUCCACCAGGAGGGAUGCCGUUUCCUCCGCCAGGAGCUAUGCCUCCAAGGGGCUUUCCUCCGUUCCCUCCACCCAAUGCAGGACCACCUGGGCCACCCGGUCGCUAA